ACUGAAGCUGAGGACUUGGCAAGAAAACACAAAAUGUCUCCUGAAUCAAAAAAACUUUUCAACAUAAUUAUUUUGGGAGUCUCAUUUAUGUUUAUAUUCACUGCUUUCCAAACAUGUGGAAAUAUUGAGCAAACUGUUAUCACAAAUCUAAACAACACGUAUUUUCAUGGCAGUGGCUACACAAGCAUGGCCAUUAUUUAUGGAGUAUUCUCUGCAUCAAAUCUUUUAUCACCUUCAGUGGUUGCUAUAGGAGGACCUCAGCUUUCCAUGGUUGUUAGUGGCAUAUUUUAUAGCCUAUACAUUGCAGUUUUUAUCCAACCUUCUACAUGGGCUUUCUACACUGCUUCUGUUUUUAUUGGCAUUGCAGCUGCUGUACUCUGGACGGCACAGGGAAAUUGCUUGACUGUAAAUUCUGAUGAAAACACCAUUGGAAGGAACAGUGGGAUAUUUUGGGCACUCUUACAGUCCAGCUUGUUUUUUGGAAACCUCUAUAUAUACUUUGCUUGGCAAGGAAAAACUUACAUAUCAGAGAGUGAUCGCAGAACUGUCUUCAUUGCUCUGACUGUUAUCAGUCUUGUGGGCACAGUUCUGUUCUUUCUGAUUAGGAAACAAGAGGACACAAAAGCUCCAGGGGAGGAAGAUUCUACUAAUGAAAUCCUGGGGGACAGCUC